AUGAGAAACAGUCUCAUUGCCGCCGCCCUCGGGGGGUUAAUCUCCAACGCCUUCGCGGCCCCGACACAGACUGAACCCUUUCUCAGGCAGGUCGACAACCAGACGUGGAUCAUUGGCAACGAUGUGUGGAACAUGACCCAGGGACUCAAGUACGGCGUGAAGCUGUACUACAAGGAUCGCGACCUCGUUGGAAAUGCCGCCGGCCACUACGUGAGCUACAACGGCGCCGCCAACGACAUUGCCUGGUCCUCCGCCAGCAUCGCCAAAAACGGCACCCACCAAGGCACGCCCUUCAUCGACGUAAAGUUCACCGCCAACGACGGCGACUUCCACUGGGUCAUCUUUCAAGGCCUCACCGGCGCCUACCAAUACUUUGUCAACCGCAACCUGCCCACCCUGGGCGAGUUCCGCACCCUCUGGCGCCUCGACAAUACCACGUUCCUCCGCGGCAAGACGGACCUGCACGACAAGGCGCUGCCGCCGCUGAGCGACUACCUGCCCGAGAACAAGGUCCAGGACGAGACCUGGCGCACGCCCGACGGCACGGGGUACAUAACAAAAUACGACUUUUCCGACUUCAUCCGCACGCAAAAGUACUACGGCGUGUACGGCGACGAGUUCGGGAGCUGGUAUAUCAAUGCCGGUAAGGACUACUACAACGGCAACCACCUGAAGCAGGAACUCAUGGUCCACCGUGAGAGUGCCACCGGCGAUGUCGUCCAGCUCAACAUGGUCCACGGCACACAUUUCCAAGUCUCCGCCGUCGACGUCUUCCCCGUCGGCAAGACGUGGGGUCCCUGGCUCUGGUACCUCAACGACGGCUCCGAAUCCGACGCCGAGUCCCGCGCCGCCUCUGAAUUCGCAGCCUGGCCCUACCUCUGGCUCGACGACGCAGCCUACCACGCCCGCGGCACCGUGAAAGGCAAACUCCUCCUCUCCGACGGCCGCCCCGCCGCCGGCGCCGCCGUCUUCCUCGGCGACAACCACCCCAACAAGACCGCCCUGGACAUGGGCUCGGACUACUACUACACAACCUACGCCGACGCCACGGGCGCCUUUGCGAUCCCGUACGUCCGCGCCGGUGCCGCCCAAGGCUACGCCCUCCAAGCCUGGUCCGCCGGCGCCGCCCUGGCGGACGUGACGACGCACAUCAUCUUCAACGACGUCCGCGUCUCCGACGCCCAGACCACGGACCUCGGCACCCUCAACUGGGCCGUCUCCAAGCGCACAAGGCUCUUCCAGGUAGGCGACUUUGAUCGCACCUCCCUCGGCUUCGCCCACGGAGGCGACCCCUACUUUGGUCACGCCAUCAUCGCAUCGUGCCCCGAGAACAUUGUCUUCCGCGCGAGCCCGGGUGGCAGCGGCAGCAGCAGUAGCAGCGGCAGCAGCAGCAGCAAUUGCUCCUCCAGCAAACCCUCCGACUGGUGCUACGGCCAGACCUACAAGGGAAACUACACAAUCAGUUUCAAAAUCGCCUCCGUCCCGGACCCGGUCCCCGAGCAAGCGAACCUCAUCGUCUCCCUGGCGGGCUACUCGACGGGAGCCAGCAGCGUCGUCCUCGCCAACGGGCAGCAGGUCGGCAACCUCACCAGCGGCGCCGUCGGCGUCGAUUCCACGUCGGGACUGCUAAACGACCCGUCCGUCUACCGCAGCGCCACCGCCGCGGGCGAGUGGCGCCUCUUUGAAUUCCCUGUCCCGGGUGCGCUUCUGAAAAAGGGGGAGAACGAGGUCACGUUCCAGCUUAUGCGCAACACGACGUGGCGGGGGUUUAUUUGGGACAGCAUUGUUCUGGAAUGGUAG